UUAUUUAAAAUACUACUUUUAUUUUCAGUUGGUGAUUUUCACGUUCUUUUGCCUGAACAUAUUGCAAACGAAUGCGGGAAUUUCGGCUAUGUUGAGAGACACGGGAGUGAUUCCGGCAGUACCGAUGACAGAUUUGAAAGAGACAGCGACAGAUGGACCAGAAAUGGCUAGAAUUUUCUACUCGGCGAUCGGCAACUUUGUGGAAGCCGUUCCCGUUUUCCCGAUCACGUUCAACGUACCCGACAUGGUGACCGCUUUCGGUGGCUUGCUGUCGGGCAUGUUCAAUUACAUUACCGGCAACGACAGCGGCGGAGGGUCACAACCCAAAGACGUCUUCGGAGCCAUGCUCGACAUCUAUAGGCACAUAGCCGUACAAGAAGACAUUCAUGAUUUUGAGUUCAUGACGUAAAAUACAGCUUAGCAUAAUAGCUGAGACGUACCUACCCAAUAUAAUAAUAGUCUACAUCGAGAGGAGGAGAGUUAAAAGUCGUCGUCGUUAUUUUUUCGUGUUCUUUUAUCUUUUAAGCGCAUCACUGCGGUAUAAUAUGUUAUUAUACAUUGUCAUAUAAAACGCACAUUAAUAUUUAAAUGAAGUGAAACGUAUUCUGCCGACUAAUUCUUCGACACAUCUUCGAACAACUGUAAAAAAAAUUGCCCACCAACAUAUUGGGGUAUAAUGCCGCCCACUAUGUUAUGUACCUACCUAUAUUUAGUAUUAACAUUUUACUCCCACCGUGAAAUCGAGU